UUCGUGCCUCUCCUGCCUGCACAACCUGCCUUCCACAAGGGAGGUGCCCGGGGCAGCAGCAAGGAGGCUUCCAUGGUGCAUGGCAAAGUCCAAACAUGAGGGCGGGAGAGGAGAGCUGCACAGGAAUGAGCAAGGGCUUGGGAAGGGCUCUGCAAAUCCAAGUUGCAAUUUCUGAGCAGUUCUGUCCAGGUGACUGUACCCAGGUUAUGACGACUAAUCCAAAACCAAACAAAACAUUAAAGGUCAAGGAGGAGUCGGGAGAGAACGCCCCGGUGCUCAGUGACGAUGAACUCGUGUCGAUGUCUGUGCGGGAGCUGAACCAGCACUUGAGAGGUCUCACGAAAGAGGAGGUCAUCCGCCUGAAGCAGCGGCGGCGCACACUUAAGAACCGGGGCUACGCUGCCAGCUGCCGCAUCAAGCGUGUGACGCAGAAGGAGGAACUGGAGAGGCAGCGAGUGGAGCUACAGCAGGAGGUGGAGAAGCUCGCCCGGGAAAACAGCAGCAUGAAGCUAGAGCUGGACGCCCUGCGCUCCAAGUACGAGGCGCUGCAGACCUUUGCCCGCACUGUCGCCCGGGGGCCCAUCACUCCAACCAAAGUUGCCGCCACCAGUGUCAUCACCAUCGUGAAGUCGGCAGAAAUCUCAUCCGCUUCUGUGCCAUUUUCAGCAGCCCUCCUAGUGUCCAGAGUGGCAGAACUAGCAGCCCUUUUGGAAGGGAGAGUAGGAUCUCGUUGAUGGGUUUAGAGGCCUGCCUUCCUGAAAGAUCAGCAAUCCAUUUUCUCCCCCAAAGCUACCAAGUGGACUCUGCAAAGGGGGAAACUAAUGGGCUGUUCUUGCUGGGCACUUCAAGUUCUGUCAA